UGCUUUAACGAGAGUUUGAUCGCACAAAUUUCUCUGGCUUUCACGUUAACGCUCUACAUAAAUUCCACUGGCUUUAGUUUACCGAUCGCUCGAUCACACUCUCUCUCCGAUAGCCACUGAAUUCUUUAAUCCGUCAUUAACACAAAUACGCCGUCGUGUCACUCCGUUUCCGUAUAAUCAUCAGUUCAUCAGCUCAUCAGUCAUCAGCAUCUCAGUUUUCUUCUCACUGUAAAGCAUUGCACUUUAAUCUCAGACGGCGAUAUGUAUGCGGUGAAACAACCUGCCAUUGAUGCUCUUAAGUCAACCGCGGCCGUUGACCGCCGGGUGAACGGGUCCGGGAACUACAUCAGGGUCGGGAAGGCCCGGGUGCCCAGUUCCGGGACACGGGUCUAUAGGCACGGAUCAGUGAGAGCCGUGAUCAGCGGCGGAGAUAAGGCGUCCGUAGAGGCUGCGACGCCAUUGCAGAGCAAAGGCGUUAAUGGGUUGUCUUCUUCUUCUUCUUCUUCUUCUGUAGGUGGAGAGAUCCAGGUGAAAGCGGUGGUGACGAUCAGGAAGAAGAUGAAGGAGAAGAUCAUAGAGAAGAUUGAGGAUCAGUGGGAGUUCUUUGUCAAUGGGAUUGGACAGGGGAUUCGGAUUCAGCUCAUCAGUGAGCAAGUUGAUCCUGUUACAAAUGCAGGAAAGAGUGUCCAAUCCGCCGUGAGAGGGUGGCUGCCAAAGCGGGUGCCUUUGGAGUAUGCAAACAUUGUUGAAUAUGCUGCUGACUUCAAAGUCCCAUCCGACUUUGGCUGUCCUGGGGCAAUUAUGGUUUCCAAUCUGCAGGGCAAAGAGUUCUACUUGUUAGAGAUUGUCAUUCAUGGUUUCGACGGAGGCCCCAUUUUCUUCCCUGCAAACACUUGGAUCCAUUCACGCAAAGAUAAUCCGGAAAGUAGAAUUAUCUUCAAAAAUCAAGCAUGUCUUCCUGCACAAACACCGCCGGGCCUUAAAGAUCUUCGACAUGAAGACUUACUCAGCAUUCGGGGUAAUGGGAAAGGCACGCGAAAGGAACAUGAUAGAAUCUAUGAUUAUGAAAUUUACAAUGAAUUGGGAAAUCCUGAUAAGAGUGAAGAUCUGGCUAGGCCGGUCCUUGGUGGCGAGGAGAGGCCUUAUCCUAGGCGCUGUAGGACUGGCCGUCCUCCAACGAAGACAGAUUCUCUUACCGAAAGUAGAAUCGAAAAGCCUCAUCCAGUUUAUGUGCCUCGGGAUGAGACUUUCGAGGAAAUUAAGCAGAAUGCUUUCUCCACUGGAAGAUUGAAGGCUUUGCUUCACAAUCUCAUACCAUCUCUUGCUGUUACAUUGUCAAGUACAGACAAUCCUUUCGAGUGCUUCUCUGAUAUAGAUGACCUAUAUGUUGAUGGUGUCCUCAUGAAAUGGAAAGAGGAGGAGAAGAAAGAAGGCAAGAAACUGUUUCUGGGCAGCAUGGUGAAAGAGGUUUUUUCCGCUGGAGAAAGGUGGUUGAAAUACGAAAUCCCCGCUGUUAUUAAAAUGGAUAGAUUCUCGUGGUUGCGCGAUAAUGAAUUUGCACGCCAAACUUUAGCUGGGGUCAAUCCAGUCAACAUUGAGAUUUUGAAGGAAUUUCCGAUUCUCAGCAAGCUAGAUCCUGCUGUUUACGGUCCUCCCAAAUCUGCUAUCACAAAGGAAUUGUUAGAGCAAGAAAUCAAUGGGAUGAGUGUAGAUAAGGCGAUUGAGGAGAAGAGACUGUUUAUACUUGAUCACCAUGACACAUAUAUGCCAUUUAUCGAGAGGAUGAACGCCUUGCCUGGGAGAAAAGCCUAUGCCUCUAGGACGGUGUUCUUCUAUACCCCUACUGGUAUUAUGAGGCCUAUAGCUAUUGAGCUUUCACUUCCACCAACGGCUUCAUCCCCGCAAUAUAAACGUGUUUAUACUCACGGGCAUCAUGCUACUACACAUUGGAUUUGGAAGCUAGCCAAAGCUCAUGUUUGCUCAAAUGAUGCUGGCAUUCAUCAACUAGUCAAUCACUGGCAACUAGACUUCAAGCCACCAAGAUAAUGGCCGUACAAGAUACGCUCUCAACUCACUCCCCCGAUGAAGAGUACUUGGGUCAGGUGAACCCGCUGGAAUCCCAUUGGAUCAACGAUGAUGAAGUUAUGAAGUUGUUCAAUAGAUUCUCUGACAGACUCAAGG